GCUGUUUUCUCUUCCACACUAGAAUCUGCAUUACUGCGGACAACGACAAGUAAAAAAGACAGAGCUGGUCUGUGGUGGACAGACACAGUGCUAGCAUUAAUCCCGACGAGCCUCGGACGCGCUUAAAUCGGAUGCAGCGACGGCCCUCGCAGGUCGCUCUUAACCUCGGUUAUUCUCCUCCCGCUAGUCCUACCCGCACCUCUUCUGAGUACGAAGAAGUAAACUACCCAGACGCCAACUAUUCCUCAUCACAUUGGCCUUCGUCGCAGCAGGAGGAGGAGCUACCCCUGCACUACAUGACCGAGGAGACUGCGCGUAGGAGAGUAAAGGCUGGUGGCGCGCCUUCUAAUGACUUGGGUGACUAUAAGCCCGAGUCUGCGUAUGGCUAUAAUGAUGAGGGGAAGGAUGUGUACAAUAAAAUGAGGCCUAUGAAGGGACCAACAUUGGGAGGUAGACCUCAAAGGCCGCCACCGCCGCCGCCCACGAACUUGACAGAGUUCAUCCAGCAGAACUCAGAACACAUACCGCCCGCCAUCUACACGCUGCUGUCAUGUUGGACGCGCUUUUACCGCAUCGGCAAAUCGAAUGUUGUCGUUUGGGACGAGGCGCACUUUGGCAAGUUUGGGUCUCAUUAUUUGAAACGCGAGUUCUAUUUCGAUGUGCACCCUCCACUUGGGAAGAUGCUUGUUGGGCUUGUGGGUUUGCUUUCAGGUUACGAUGGUCACUUUGAUUUCAAGAGCGGGACUGAGUAUCCUGAGGGAUUGCCGUACGUGGCAAUGCGAGUGAUGUUGGCGUGUUUUGGUGUUGCUUUGGUUCCUUUGGGUUGGUACACGGCUGUCGAGUUGGGUAUGAGUAAACGGGCAUGUCAUCUGGUCGCUUUAAUGGUUCUCUGUGAUAUUGCUUGGAUUUGCAUCUCGCGAUUUAUCCUCCUCGAUGCGAUGUUGCUGUUCUUCACGUUCACUACUGUAUUCUGUAUGGCCAAAUUUAAUAACCAGCAAUGGCGAUCGUUCACUCCGGAAUGGUGGUUCUGGCUUACCAUGACUGGUAUAUCUAUUGGUUGCGUGACUAGCGUGAAAUGGGUUGGAUUUUUUGCGACAGCCUUGGUCGGUGCCUACACUAUCGAAGACUUAUGGAACAAGUUCGGUGAUCUUCGUCUUACUUAUCGAGAACAAGCAAAGCAUUGGGGCGCUCGAAUCGCAUGUCUCAUCAUUGUGCCCAUCUUGGUCUACAUGACGACAUUCAAAAUCCACUUCUUGGUUCUUAACCAUUCUGGCCCUGGUGAUUCUCAGAUGAGCUCGUUGUUCCAAGCGAAUCUCGUUGGCAAUGAUUUUGGAAAGAACCCCCUCGAGGUUGCCUUUGGCUCAAAACUUACGUUGAAGAACGUGGGCUACGGUGGUGGACUACUUCAUUCUCAUGUUCAAACCUACCCAGUCGGAUCAAAUCAACAGCAAGUAACUUGCUACCACUACAAGGACAACAAUAACGAAUGGGUCGUCCUUCCUAAGUGGGAUGAGCCGCCUGUUGAUUUGAACGGUCCUAUUCGUUUCUUACAGGAUGGAGAUGUUAUUCGUCUGCAGCACGGUCCGAGCACUCGGAACCUGCAUUCUCACAAUGUUCCUGCGCCCAUUUCGAAGUUAAACAACGAAGUGUCAUGUUAUGGUAAUGCGACAGUUGGCGAUUUCCAUGAUUACUGGAAAGUGGAAGUUGUUGAUGAUCUUAAGCGAGGGAACAAAGAUCACGUUGACCGCAUACAUUCUUUGACGACUCGCAUGCGUCUCCGCCAUGAACGAAUGGGGUGCUACCUUCGGGCGGCCAAUGCGAUUCUUCCGGAGUGGGGUUUCAAGCAGGUCGAGGUAUCUUGUACCAAGGAGAACAACCCGACUGAUGUCCACACUUGGUGGAAUGUCGAGAGCCACUGGAAUGACAGACUACCUGCUGGUGACACCAAGUUCUACAAGUCGCCGUUCCUUCGCGACUUCUGGCACUUGAACGUUGCGAUGAUGACUUCCAAUAACGCACUUAUUCCGGAUCCGGAUAAAGAAGAUAUUCUCGCUUCCAACCCUACUGACUGGCCGUUCUUAUAUGUGGGGCUACGUAUGUGCGGAUGGGGCGAUCAACAGACGAAGUACUACCUGCUGGGCACGCCUAUCAUUUGGUGGGCGGGAUCUACUGCUCUUAUUGUCGCACUUGUUGUAUUGGGCGUGUAUCUCUUGAGACAGCAGCGGAAGUACAAGGAUUUCGAUCCAGACGAAUGGGAACAUUUCUUAUAUGUUGGCAAGGUUGCAUUCAUUGGCUGGGCCCUGCACUACUUCCCGUUCCUGAUAAUGGGACGGGUGACUUACAUUCAUCAUUAUCUUCCUACUCUAUUCUUCUCCGUACUGAUGUUCGCACACCUACUCGACCAUUUCGUCUUCACGAACCGCCGACUCGCUGAUCGUACCAAAUGGGCCGUCUUUGGCGUCACAGCUUUCGCAAUCGUUGCGAACUUUUGGUGGUUCCGUGGUUUGGCGUUUGGUAUUGAUGGUCCGAUUAAGGAGCAUUGGGGUUUGUUAUGGCGUAAAACGUGGAAUAUCUACGACCAGGUACAUUUCUAGAUGGUUUGUUGGUUGGAUGUCUCCUAGUUAUUACAAAAAUGUUCGAGUGGAGCUCGUGUGCUCUCUAAUAUAUAUUUAUUUUUGCUCUCUUUGGUGUUCGCGAUGCGCCAUCUUCAAUCAGCGAUAGGUUUUG